AUGAAAAUCCAUUAUACUAAUAUAUUAUUGUUUCCUCUAAAAUUAAAUAUAUUGGUAAAUACCCAACAAAUUCCAUCCAUCACACCACACCAUACACCAACUAUCAGGUUAUUAUGCGAAUGCGAAUUAUAUGUGCCUAAUUGUGACAACGAUCCUGAAAUGAAAAGGGUGAUGCAACAAUUUCAUGAUCGUACAACACAAAGGUUUCAAGAAUACGAUGAAAGAUUGCAAGAAAGACGACAAAUAUGUAAAGAUAAAUGUGAUAAGGAAAUCCAAAAAAUUAUUUUAAAAGAUAAAUUAGAAAAAGAAUUAAUGGACAAAUUUGCUACGUUAGACACGGAUAUACAAAGUGACGCCAUUCCAACAUGUAUUUGCGAAAAAUCGUUAGCAGAUAAAGUGGAAAGAGGAUGCUUGAGAUGUGGUUAUGGUCUAGGAAGUGUUGCACCAAUGAUUGGAUUAACUGGUUCAGUUGCUGUAAAUGUGUGGAAAACUGCAGAACUUGCAGCGGCUAUGGAAUUAGCUAAACAAGCAGGUGCUGCGGCCGGUAUUAAAGCAGGACAUUUGGCGGGUACUAAAGUUGUUAUUGAUCAAUUACACACAUUGGGUAUAUACUUUGUAGGUAAUAAACAAUUGGAAACAAUUAUUGAUGUAACAAAUUAUAUGAAUGUGUCUGUCAUUAAUGAUAAUGUUUAUUCUCAUUAUAUCACGUCAUGUACACCUAGUGUUGUUAAUGGUCGCCCUGUCGGUACUUUUAAAUUUAGUGGUCCUGUUUGCAAUUUGGUUCAGCCAAAUCAUCAAGGUAUAUGGGAUAGAAGUUUAGCACAAGCUAUUAUAAAAAAAAAGGUAGAAGAAGCUGUUGCAGAAGGUACACAAGCUGCUGAAACCGAAGCUGCUAGGGUGACUGCCACUAAAACAGCAGCAUUUGAAGCAAAAAACAUAGCCGAAGUAGAAGCUGCAACUACUUCCUACUAUACUCCUAUAAUAGCAUCCAUCGUUGCAAUAGUAAUCAUAGUUUUAAUUAUGGUGAUAAUAUAUAAGAUUUUACGUUAUCGACGAAAAAAAAAAAUGAAGAAAAAACUCCAAUAUAUAAAACUAUUAGAAGAAUAG